GGCGAAACUAGGAUGGCGGUCUGUGGGGACAUCCUUUCCYCCCCCCCCCCCCWCCCCUCUUUAAUAUUGGAAGGGUCCAGAGAAAAGAUCAGCAACUAGGAUCGUGGUCCAUCGGGACCGUGGCAUGCUCUCAAACGCCCAAGGACGAACAGGCAAGGAAUACGACAAGGUUUGCUGGUGGAGGGAGGAGUAUCUGGUGGACGAGGAGGAACUUCAUUCUGGUGCUGAGUUGCUGAGAGAGAUCAAGAAGGACGGUUCGUCUUUUGUCCUGCGAUUCUCGAGAUUGGCUGCUGCUGUUGGGCCAGCAGAUAAGGUUCAAGGCUUACCCGCCCGCUCCUCCUGCCAGUUGGAUAUCGCGCUCAGCUAUCCGCAUGGCCUCACAUUCUCCAUAGCCGGCUUCUCCUUCAGCGGGGAUGUUCAUCUCGAUGGAGGAACGUACGCCUUGCAGUCAGCAACGUACUACUUCCGGGGAAGUCCUCUCUCGGCAGCUGUAGUGAAGAAGUUUGGUGGCCCUCUUUCUGGCCAUUACGUUACCAAGGAUGAUGCCACCAUGGAUGUUGAUGUACCUGUCUACAGCAGCUGCACCAGUAAUCGCAACUUGACAAUCAAGCUUGAGUGUGCAGCAAUCAAUGAUGGGCAACCAGAGCGAUUCGCAGCUAUUUCGGUGGAUAAGCUGGACGGGAAAGUAACUGUUAAGGCUCAUCUGAGCUGGAAGAGAUGCCAUGGCUAGAAGACCUUCAAGCUUAUCGCCUCCCUCCC